UAUAUACUGCAGCUGCACUCUGCAGUUGCGUAUGUACGGCUAUUGCGUGUUUCGCAAUGGGGCAGCGAUUUGUUAUUAUCUCGGUCACCGGCUUUUUGAAUACUGCAUAAUGCGAGACGAUGGUUCUAAUGGAACCUAGUCGAUUUUAUUGAUUGUUUGAUGAACAUAAGUAUAGCUAUUUUCUAGUCUUGCGCUGUAUGACAGACAACAGUAAUUGUAAGGAUUAUAGUAGUUUUUGUGGUUAGUAUAUAGAUGACGACAACGAAACGUUUUUACAUCAUUGAUCAAACAACAGAUAAUAGAUCUUACCUCAAUCAAAUGAAAGUACAAUGUAUCAUAGUAGAGAAGAGAGACUUGACAGAAAUUAAAGUUUUUAGAUAAUUUUUACUAAAAAAAUGUAUCAAGCAAGGGACAAAGUUUUCUGGUUUGCAAUACUUUCUCGCAUUACUGUGCUAGUAUUGCAGAUGGUAUUCAAUGCCAUAUGUCCAGACCAUAAUGCUGAUGCGUUUCGAAUGCCUAUAGACCCAACUGAGAAGCACUCAUAUCUUGAUGAUAUUGUAACAUUCAUAUUUGGAGGACUGACAAGAUGGGAUGCACAAUACUAUAUACAUAUUGCAAGAUAUGGAUACACGUACGAAAAUACGCUUGCCUUUUUUCCGUUAUUUCCAAUGUUAAUGAGAUUCGUUGCCAUGGUAUUCCAAGUAGAACCACCAAUACUUAAUUACACCAGUACUAUUGUGAUAUCUGGCUUUGUAAUUAACUUUGUUUGCUUUGUAAAAGCAGCAUUGAUUCUCUACGAUCUCAGUGAACUAGUCUUUAAGAAUACCAAAGUAGCUUAUAGAGCAGCCAUAUUAUUUUGUAUAAAUCCAGCUAGUAUAUUUUUCACUGCUCUUUAUUCAGAGUCAAUGUUUGCAUACUUGACAUUUUACAGUAUACUGGAAAGUCUCAACAAUAAUCCAUGUGUUUUCUUUCCAUUGGGCCUUUCUAGUCUAGUAAGAUCCAAUGGACUAAUCAAUAUUGGUUUUCCAGUUUACGUUUGGAUAAAAAGUAUGUUAGUAACUAGCAUACCAAACUUUAUGUUAGAGUUUAUACACUAUCAUGGUAAUAAGAGUUCUUUAUUUUUCGACUUAAGGCACAUAUUCAUUUCUAUAGCUCAUGUAUUUUUCAUGUUUACUUUUUCUGUGCUGCCCUUUUUAUACCUUCAAAUGUACAAUUAUGUCAGAUUUUGUAAAUUAGAAACUAAUGACACGAUGCUUCCAUACCAUGUGCAGCAAUAUGCGGUAGACAAUAAUUUACUAAUAUUGGGAAAGACAGAAUUUCCAUGGUGCAAUUCAAAAAUACCCAUAGCGUAUUCCUAUAUACAAGACAAGUAUUGGAAUGUUGGCUUUUUAAGGUACUAUCAAUUGAAACAAAUUCCGAAUUUCGUACUAGCUUUUCCAGUUUUAUACUUAAUGUUAAAAUGUAGCAUAGAAUUUUUUAAAGAGCACAAAUCAAAGUUUGGUACUUCAGAAUUUUUUACUGGCAUAGCUAAGAAGCAAAAGUCUGAUAACGAAAAGUAUCCAUUAGAAAUGUUUGUUUUUGUUGUGCACGGAUUAUUUUUGACGAUUUUUUGUAUUUUCUUUGUGCAUAUUCAAGUAAGUACGCGCCUAUUGUGCUCAGCUAGUCCCUUACUGUAUUGGUUCUGUGCCUUGGUAACUAUGCCAAAAAGUAAACUGUCAAAAGCAAUUAAAGAAAUAGAGUACGAUUCUCAGGAGAACAUAUUUUCUAAAUGGAAGGUAUUCUUCCUUACUCAGCAGGAGUAUUCUCCUGUAGAAAAAAUUUUAUUUGGAUACUUUAGUGCAUAUGUGAUUGCUGGUUGCUUUAUGUAUUCAAAUUUUUUACCAUGGACUUGAGUACGAAAAUAAAUAAUUUUUGUUGUAUAA